AACCAGGGCGGAAAACAGAGAGGGCGUGAAUUUUUUCACUAGAAAUCCAUUUGUGGCACAGUGGGUUGAUGAAAACCCAGUUGUAAACUUGGUUUGACGUGCCAUCAUGUCAUCUCUAUUUGAUCAGUACGAGCAGGCUACUGCCCGGGCUGCGUCCAGCGUUCCUCAUCCUCAACCAAGGGAGUCUGCUCCGAUCUCAUCUGGUUAUGUCUCGGCUUCUCUGGAGGAAGAUGUUCGCAUUUUCUCAAGGAAUAGGAUAAGCUUUACGCCUCCUAAACCGAUAACUCACAUGGUGGUAAACAAUAAUAUCCUGAUCAUUGCCAUGAAAGAUCAUUCGAUACUCAGGAUUGAUAGAGAACACCCAGAGCAACCUGAUGAGGUCAAGGUAGGGGACGACCCGGUCCAUCGUCUGUUCCUAGACCCUACAGGGCGCCAUCUAUUGAUCAGCACUGAAGCGCAAGAGGUCUUCUAUCUGUCUAGGAAUAGCAAGAAAUGCAAGAACCUUGCCAAGUUCAAGGGUCAUUUGAUUGAUUCAGUAGGCUGGAACAAGUCAAACACUAGUGAUACUUCAACUUCUGAAAUCCUUCUUGGCACAAGUCAAGGUGUGAUUUAUGAAGCUGAAAUCCAAGCAGGAGAGGACAGUAGAUUCUUUCAGCAGAGCUUAGAUCAGUAUUUCAAACAAGUUUUCAGUCUUGGUAAAGAAGGUACUGUCCCAGUGACAGGGAUUGAAGUAGAACGUAUCCCAGCAACAAAAGCAGGAGAGGUUGCUAGGUUCUUUGUCAUGGCAACCACACCAGGGCGUUUGUACCAGUUUGUUGGAACCGUACCAUCUCAAGCGGAUACACCCAUCUUUCUAAAUGUUUUCCAGAAGUAUGAAGACAUCACACCCAGUUUCUUGGAGUUGCCAGGCAACUUUGGUUACAGUAAGCUUGAACAGUACUGUCCCAAGGCUCGAGGACUACCCAAGACGUUUGCAUGGAUGACAGGUCCUGGAGUGUACUUUGGUAGUUUUGAUUUCAGUAGCCAGUCCAGAGACAACCUGACCUGUGACAGUCAUCUCUUACCUUACCCAGCCAGAGACCAAGAGAGCUUCCUAAGACCCAUCUCAGUCGUCCUUACUGAGUUUCAUGUUCUUCUACUCUUCCAAGACAGAGUGAAGAUCCUGUGUGUCCUGAAUGAACAGCUCAUCGAUGAAGAUAUCUCUCAGUCUAAGUUUGGUCGUCUGAUGGGGCUGUGUAGAGACAGAAUCAAGGGUACUAUCUGGGCUUUCACUGACACGUCAGUCUUCAUGUAUAAGAUAGUCAGAGAAGCAAGGGAUGUUUGGAGGAUCUAUCUUGAUAAGGGUGACUUUGAUCGAGCUAAGGAGUUUGUCAGGGACAACCCUGCACAUCUAGACCAGGUCAUGAGCAGACAGGCGGAACACUUCUUUGAAAUGAAAAAGUAUGACAAGAGUGCCAUGUAUUACGCCAUGACGGAGAAGUCUUUUGAAGAGAUCUCCCUGAAGUUCAUCGAAGCCAAGCAGACGGAUGCUCUCAAGGUCUUCCUCAUGAAGAAGCUUGGUGCUCUCAAGGCCGAGGAUAAAACCCAGCUGACCAUGUUAGUGAUGUGGCUGAUUGAGCUCAAUCUCAAUCAGCUCGGAGCAGCGAGGGGCAAAGCUGAUCAGCAGACUAGGUUCAAGGAACAGCAAGAAGAAUUCCAGAAGUUCCUGGCUACCACCAGGGUCAUGGAAUGCCUCAGCAGCAAUGUAAACACAGUGUAUGAUCUGAUAGCUAGCCAUGGAGAUGUGGAGAAUAUGGUCUACUUUGCAAUGCUCAUGCAAGAUUAUGAGAGAGUGAUCAGGCAUCACAUACAGAAUGAGGACUACACCGCGGUCCUGGGUGUUCUGAGAAAACCAACGAACAGCGCGGCUCUCUUCUAUAAGUUCUCACCUGUACUGAUGCAGCACAUCCCCCAUGACCUGGUAUCGGCGUGGAUCGAGCAAGGCAAGGCGCUGAAGGCGAAGAAACUCAUCCCAUCCCUGGUGCAGUGCGACAGUGGACCCUCGGAGAUGCAGGUCCUGGAAGCCAUCCGAUAUCUUGAGAACUGUAUCAAGAAGCUGGGAAACAAAGAACAGGCCAUCCACAACUAUCUCUUGUCUCUCUACUGUCAGCACCAGCCCUCCAAUCUGAUGGGCUACCUAGCAGCUCAAGGAGAGAUUGCAGAUAAUGUGAACUAUGACGUGAAGUAUGCCUUGAGAUUAUGUGCUGAGCGAAAGCACUUCAAGGCCUGCGUUCACAUCUACACUACAAUGGGACUCUAUGAGGAAGCUGUGGACCUAGCAUUGCAGGUUGAUGUAGACCUUGCUAAACAGAGCGCAGAGAAGCCUGAAGAUGACGAGGCUCUGAGACGUAAACUAUGGCUACGCAUCGCCAAGCAUGUCGUCUCUGAGAAGAAUGACAUCAAGAAAGCCAUGGCGGUGCUCCAUGAAUGUCCUCUCCUAAAGAUAGAGGAUAUCCUACCUUUCUUUCCAGACUUUGUGACCAUUGACCAUUUUAAGGAUGCCAUCUGUAGUUCUCUAGCAGAUUACAAUCAACACAUAGAAGCACUCAAAGCUGAUAUGGAAGAUGCCUCAGAGAGCGCUAAGGCACUAAGAUCUGACAUCCAAGAGACUAGAAACAAGUAUGGUAUUGUGAGUGGACAGCAGAAAUGUGCCUCCUGUAACUACCCCCUGCUGACCCGGUCAUUCUAUCUGUUCCCUUGUGAGCACAUGUUCCAUUCAGACUGUCUGGUCACCGAGGUCCAUCCUCAUCUGACACCAGCAAAGAAUAUCCGCAUUAGUGAGAUCCAAUCACAGCUCACGACCCUACAUGGACAGCGCCCUCAGGGUUCAUCCACAUCUACGGAGGGCGCCACCAAGAGGGAGGAAAUAGACAGGUUACGAAAUGAACUUGAUGACAUCGUUGCAGCCGAGUGUGUGUACUGCGGAGAGAUCAUGAUCAGGUCUAUUGACAAGCCGUUCAUAGAUCACGAUGAGUACGAAGCAGUCAUCAAGAGCUGGGAAUGAAUCACCAUGGAAACCGAUGAAUAAGACUCUCCAAACAUUUCCAUAAUUUGAUUAUCAUGCUUUAAAAUUAGUUCUUUUCCAUAUGUAUCCUACAUGUCAAAUAGCUGCAUACGUUGCAUCUCUUUUGUCAUGUUUAACUAUUAAUGAUAAUGAAGGUGGAUUUAUUAAACAAUUUUUCCUGAGGAUACAAAGGGCUGAAUACUAGCUAGUAUUUUACCCGAACAUUUUUCAUUUCAGGUAGAACGUAGAGGUGUUUUGGUCUAACGACACUAACGUCCUUUGGCAAGACGUUAGUCUACAUUUGCCACUCUCCACCCAGGUGCUAAAUUGGUACCCAGUAGGAUGCGAACGUUAAUGUAGUUUGCUCAGCAUUGUGAGUGUCUGUAAAAUGGCGCCUGGCUGGAAUACUCCCCAGGGAGUGGAGAAUGUGCACACAUUGUGUGCGGGCGGGCUCGAGUCCGAUGACCGGGUUAAUAAUAUAUCUGUAAAGCGCUUAGAGUAGUACUAGCUUAGAGUCAUCACACAUUAAUCUCAGCUCUUUGCUUGGAGACUGGGUGUGGGUGCAGAUUGUAGUGUAUACACACAGUCCUAAGUUACGCAAGUGUGUAGUACAGGCUGCCAUUUUGAAUCCCAGGAUGGUAUCUAAAUAUUUUUUACUUCUCAUUCAUUUGAUAUUUCAUUUGAAGAGGACACAACUUCACAGCAGCUUAGUAUUGCUAGUAUCUUCCUAUUUAUCAUCUAAAAUCAGAGAAAUCUUUCAUCAUCUAAAAUCAAAGAAAUCUGACAAAAGGUUUUGAGGGCUUACCAAAACUAUACAUGACUUUUAAGGGUACAUUUACUGAAAACAUUCCUCGAAUGCUCGAGCAUCUUAUCAGAUCAAUUUAGCUUAAUCUUGGAUGCUUUUAUUGUGCUCUCUGUAUCAUCAAGGAACAGUGAUUUCCAAAGCCAGUUAUUAUUAUUAUCAUCAUCAUAUACUUAUAAAACUAUAUGCUAGCAAUCAAGUGAUGAUGCAAUAUUGAUAUAUGGAUGCAAUGAAGUCCUCUGUUUGAUUGUGCUUGUGAUACUACAAGUGAAGGGUAAAAUGAUACCCAGACAUGAUUAUGCUUUUUCUUGUGACAUUACAUUUGCAUCACUUCCUUCCUUUCCAAUGUAAUCUUUUUUAUUUUAAUUGUAUCAACUAUAUUGAAAUUGCAUUUUCUUGGCAGACAAAUAUCCAUGAUACUUUGAGGUCAUAAUAGCUAUACUGGCCAUUUUUUUGUUUCAAAAAUUGUUUAAAAUUGAAUGUUUGGUAUGCUUGAAAAGAGUAAAAAACCUCAUUCUAAAAAAUGUACAGUUUUGUUAUGCAAUACCAUGAUAGAGAGAGAGAGAGAGAGAGAUGAGCAUUUGAAAGUUGGCAUCGUGACCUUUUAUUGAAAAUAUUGAACUUGCAAAAGUCCAUGGCACAGGAAGAGUUCAUUUUUAAAUCUUUUUUUCAUGGCAUAACAAGCAAUUUAAAUCUUUAACAAGAUAAAUUCACAUUGGGCCACCUUUCCAUAUCAAUAAUUUUUAAUGAGAUUUUCCUUGCACAAUCAUACAAAUACAAAUGUGAAGAGAAGGUUGUCAAGAAUUAUAUUUUCUGGUAUAACUGUGCUUCUUUGAUGAAAUUGGCCGCUUGUAAAUUUUAUAUGGGUUCUGUAAUGGUUUUUGAUGCACUAAUUACCUCGCUAAGGAAAGUUCCUACUAUCUACUACAUUAUAGUAGGCCUAAAUCCGUCUGAUGAAGUAAUUUCAUCUCAAAAUAUGUGCAAGUAAUUCGACUGUGUAGACUACUAAUCACAUGCGUAUACUGAUAUAAUUAUGUUAUUGAACCUUUGAUACAAUGUUAUCACAAAUGUGGUUAUAUAUAUAUAUGAUGAAACUCUUGGGAGUUUGUAUAUAGUUUUCUUGCCAUCGUUAUCUGUUAAUGUAUCAGUGUAGAAUAAAAAAAUAUAUUGAUGGAAGAAAUAUACAUGAACUAAGAACAGGUAA